CGCUGCGGAGAGGACAGUGUCGGGCGCAGCGGAGCGGGCAGGGAGCGGUGGAGCGGGCAGGGCGCGGCGGUGCCCGAACCGGGGCAGCGUCCUGGGGUGCGAGUAGCCCAGCGCUCUGCGGGAAGAAGGGGAGCGAGUGCACGGCUCGCGGCCCAGGACUGGAAGCAGCAGGAGGAAAGGUCGGUGGACACAGCCGCGGCCCACCGCUCUGCAGCCGCGGGCACUUCCAGAGUGCCCGGUGACCGGACCCGUGAGUAUCCGCGUGUCCGCCACGGGACUCUCGUCGGAGAACCCGUCUCGCGGCCCCCGCCCUCCUUCUCCCCGGGCCCGGGCAGUGGCUGCGGGCGCCGCCCCCUGGCCCGCCUGGAGGAGGAGAUCGCGCUGCCCUGCCCAGCCCGGCCCGGCCCAGUGGCCGCUCUCUCCGCCCGCCGCCCCGGACCGGCAUAGACGCAGGGGAGGAGAAAAGGGGGGCCCGGGUCGUCAUGACGGAGCUGAAGGCCAAGGGUCCCCGCGCUGCGCACGUGGAGGGUGGCGCGCUGUCCCCGGCCGCCGGCACCUCCCCGCUGCCCUUCGCGGCCGGCCCGCCCGCCGCGCCCCUCUCCCUGGACGGGCUGCUCUUUCCGCGCGGCCCCGACGCCAAGACCGCGGACCGGCCCGCGCCUCCCGACGUGGACACUGGGUACCCCCGAGCCGAAGUGGCCGGCGGCUCGAGGCCCGCCGAGAAGGACAGCGGGCUGCUGGACAGCGUCCUAGACACGCUCCUGGCACCGUCGGGUCGCGGGCAGAGUCACCCCACCCCUCCCUCCUCGGAGGCCGCCAGCCCCUGGUGCUUCUUCGGGCCUGAGCUGCCCGAAGACCCCCGAGGAGCCCCUGCCAGCCGGGGGCCGCUGUCCUCGCUCAUGAGCCGGCCAGAAGCCAAGGGGGGCGAGUGCCCCGUGGCCGCCCAGAAAGCGCUGCCCAGGGGCCUGUCGCCGUCCAGGCAGCUGUUGCCCGCGCCCUCGGGGGCGCCCCACUGGCCCCGGCCCACCCUGCAGCCGUCUCCGCAGCCCGCCGUUGUGGACGUGGAGGACGACAACGACGACGACGACGACGACGACGACGAGGACGAGGACUUGGAGGCCGAGGCCGAGGAAGCCGCGGUGGGGUCUCUACUGCAGGGCAAAGCACGGGCUCUGGAGGACCCUCUGGCCGCGUCCGGGGCCGGGGCCGCGGGGGGCGUCGCGCUGGUACCCAGGGAGGACCCGCGCUUCGCGGCGCCGCGCACGGCCCUGGCGGAGGCCGAAGCGCCCGGCCGCUCCCCGCUGGGCACAGCCGUGGUGGACUUCAUCCACGUGCCCAUCCUGCCUCUAAAGCCGGCCAUCCUGGCCGCCCGCACGCGGCAGCUGCUGGAGGCCGACGGCCCCGACGGCGCGGGCCCCGCGGCGCGCGCCUCGCCGGGCGACCUCCCCGCCUGCGCCUACGCGCCUGCCGCCAACGCAGCCGAGCCCCGCGACGACGUGGCCGCCUUCGCUCUCUAUGGCGACUCGCACCCCGCCGCGCUGAAGAUCAAGGAGGAAGAGGAGGGCGGCGAGGGUGCCGCACGACCCCCGCGGGCCUUCCCGUCAGCUCCCGCCGCCGUCUACACCGACUUGGCGCUGGCGCCGCCACUGCCUCCGCGCGCGCCGUCGGCACGGCCAGGGGAGCUGGCAGCAGGGCCCGCGCCGUCGGGAUCGGCGCUCGAGUGUCUCCUGUACAAGGCAGAGGGCGCGCCGCCCACGCCGCCCGCUCCGCCGCCCCCCUGCAAGGCCCCGGCCGGGGGCGCCUGCCUGCUGCCCCGCGACGCCUUGUCCACCCCAGCGGCCGCGGGCCCCGCGCUCUAUCCUCCGCUCGGCUUCAACGGGCUGCCGCCACUCGGCUACCAAGCAGCCGUGCUCAAGGACGCGCUGCCCCAGGUCUACCCGCCCUAUCUCAACUACCUGAGGCCAGAUGCAGAAGCUACCCCGAGCCCCCAGUAUGGCUUCGAGUCGUUGCCCCAGAAGAUCUGUCUGAUCUGUGGGGACGAGGCGUCCGGCUGUCACUACGGCGUGCUGACAUGCGGGAGCUGCAAGGUCUUCUUCAAAAGGGCCAUGGAAGGGCAGCAUAAUUAUUUAUGUGCUGGAAGAAAUGAUUGCAUCGUGGAUAAAAUCCGCAGGAAAAACUGCCCUGCAUGUCGUCUCAGAAAGUGCUGCCAGGCUGGCAUGGUCCUUGGAGGUCGAAAGUUUAAAAAGUUCAACAAAGUCCGGGUCAUGAGAGCACUGGAUGCGGUGUCCCUCCAGCAGCAGGUGGGCCUUCCUAAUGAGGGCCAGGCCCUGGGCCAGAGGAUGAGCUUCUCGCCAUCUCAAGAUAUCCAGCUCAUCCCCUCCCUCAUCAGCCUGCUGAUGAGCAUUGAGCCUGAGGUCGUCUAUGCGGGCCACGACAACUCCAAGCCUGACACCUCCAGCUCCCUCCUGACGAGUCUCAACCAGCUGGGCGAGAGGCAGCUUCUCUCCGUCGUCAAGUGGUCAAAGUCCCUACCAGGUUUUCGAAACUUGCACAUUGAUGACCAGAUCACUCUAAUCCAGUAUUCAUGGAUGAGCUUAAUGGUGUUUGGGCUUGGGUGGAGAUCCUACAAACAUGUGAGCGGGAAGAUGUUGUACUUUGCACCUGAUCUGAUACUAAAUGAGCAACGGAUGAAGGAAUCGUCAUUCUAUUCCUUAUGCCUCACCAUGUGGCAGAUCCCACAGGAGUUCGUGAAGCUCCAGGUCAGCCAUGAGGAGUUCCUCUGUAUGAAAGUCCUGCUGCUGCUUAAUACAAUUCCUUUGGAAGGUCUACGAAGUCAGAACCAAUUUGAAGAGAUGAGAUCAAGUUACAUCAGAGAGCUCAUCAAGGCCAUUGGUCUGAGGCAAAAAGGAGUCGUCUCUAGCUCACAGCGUUUCUAUCAACUUACAAAGCUCCUGGAUAGCUUGCAUGAUCUUGUGAAACAACUUCAUCUCUACUGCUUGAAUACAUUUAUCCAGUCCCGGUCACUAAGUGUUGAAUUUCCAGAAAUGAUGUCAGAAGUUAUUGCUGCACAGUUACCCAAGAUUUUGGCAGGAAUGGUGAAACCGCUUCUCUUUCAUAAAAAGUAAUGCCAUUUUUGUCUUCAAGUACAUUUGUGACAUCAUGCUGUGUAAAGUUUCGAGAAAAUUGUGAGAUUUUAUUUUACUUUAUAAAGUAAAAUUAGAAUUUUUGUAUUGUUUGUGUACCCAUAUUUUUCUUUAAGUGUUUACAAGUUUGAAAAAAGUACUAAACUCGAUCGCUAAAGUAAACAAUAUGCCCAUAUCAUUUCAUAUCAUUUAGGUGAAUAUUUUUAACCUUUACAUUUAAUAUAACUCUUCACAGGAAAAUAGUUUAUGUGUGAAAAUAAAGACUUAUUGUACAUGUUAAUUCUAGGUACCUUCCUUUGUGUUGUUGGUUGUAUUAACAAAAUGAACCUUUAGAGCGAUAUGUAAAAUUUAUCUACAUCAAUGUAUGUACUUUGUUGUGAAAGUUUGUGAACUCCAUCAGAUUUUCAUUAGGGUUUUGGAUGAAAAAAACAUCAGGAUGAAAAAUCUUGGAAAUCUCUGCUAUGGACUGAUGUCUCUCAGACUGGGCAGGGCCCCACUAGAUGUCUGGAAAGAGAACGGCAGGAUGACAGGGCUUCUGGGUUCUUGCACAUUGCCUUUGGGGGCUGCCCUCUCCUGAGAUGUGUGAAUCAAAGCCGGGUGUCCGAGACUGUGACUGAGUCCACUUUCUACUGUAUGAACCCCGAACAUGGUCUCAAAACCCCUGCAUCCUGCUUCCUCACCAUGGACACUGUGAGGUUAUAUAUCCCUACCAAGUGUUCCUUGCUCCAGAGCUUCUCAUUAACAUUUUCCUAAGCUGAGGAAGGAAGGAAAGAAGAAAGAGAAUAAGGAGGAAGAAAGAGGGGGAAAGGGCACAAAUAUUAUUCUCUUUCUUCACUUAGUGGGACUUAGUCGAUGAAUCACAGGUUGAAAUUUUUUGAGUGCCUUUGGUCCAUUUCUAAGAGAGAUAGCCAGGAAGUACUCUCUAUUGGCUUGAAAAAAUACAUCCAAUUAUAAUAACUAGGAAACACAUGAUUCAUAUCAUUAUAUGAACUGAAGUGAUCCAUUAGGAGAUGAAAAGGAACUCUUUUCCUGAAGUGAAUCAUGGGAGAUCCAAUUUUUAAAAAUAGAUACACACUUAACAGGAAGCACCAAGUUCAUAUCAAUUGCAAAUGCUCCAAUGGAAAAAGGUUCUCUUUCCUAGAAAAAAUAAUUUAUGACAAUUUUAGGCCUCUAUGGAAAAUAUAUAUGUAGAUAUAUAUCUUUUUUAAAAGAUUAGAGAAAGUAGUCUAUCAAAUUAUUUUUGAAACUUCUUUCAAAUGAGACCUUAUCUUACAAGUCUCUGUAUUAUCUUAUCUCCAUACCACUUUCUGCAAAUUACUAGUUAUUAAGAAAAUCAAAGUAAUUUUGAAAAUAUUUACUAAAGUCUUGAUUUCUUAAUGCAUGUUUUGCUGUUUGGGCCACACCCUGUGUUGCUCAGGGAUGCUUCACCUCAGGGCUGGAGGACCACGAAGUGGGGGGAGGGAUCUGUCACUCAGGUUUGCUUGGGGGAACCUCACAGUCGGGGGAGGGAUCUUCCACUCAGGUUUUCUGAAGGCAAAGAAUGCACACUAGCCCUUUGAGCUAGCUCCCCUAGUCCUGUGCAUUUUCUUUUUCCUUUUUUUUUCUCAUAAACAGCUUGUAGACGAUGGGAAAAUCCAAGAUCAUGGCAUCAAAGUUCUGUUCCGGUGAGGACCUAACAUUUAGCUAUGUCUUUUUGCUGUGGAGAAAGCCUUCCCCAUGGGCUAUUUUAUAAAGACAGUAAUUCUAGUCAUAUCCUAUUGCAUAACCCCUUGCCAAAGCACCCCCUCAUAGUAACAUUACAUUAGGAAGUAGGUGUUGAUAUGAAUUUUGUAGGGACAUGGGCAUUCAGAAAUAGUAUUGCUGGAUCACUGGAUGUACAUGAGAUUAAUUUCCUAUUAGGAUAAAAAAUUUUCCAAGUGGCUGUAAAUCAUCAAGGCAGUGUGUUGUUAAAGACCAUUUAAAAAUUUUUAAUUUUUACUUAUAAUUUUAUUACCAUUCUGGUUUUUAAAUUGAUUCAUCAUUUCUCACUAUGGCUUUAAUGAGAAAAAGGCAUCAUUUCAUGUGUUAAGGAUAUUAGUAUGGCAUUUGCUGUGAAAUGCCUGUUCAGAGACUUGCUCAUUUUUCUGUUGAGUUGUUUUUCAUAUUGAUCCUACAGAUAAGUCCUUUGUUAAAUAUAUGUGUGCCAAAAAUCUUUAACUCUGCCUUAUCCACUUUUAAUGUCUUUGUGAACUGCAUUGAAUUCCAAUGUAGUAUAACUUUAGGAUGUGAAAUUUUUAUUGCUUAAGAUUUCUCUGCAUUUCGAGGUUAUAAAGAUAUUCUGUGUUUUAUUCUAUCACUUCUAAGUUUUUCCUUUUAUUCCCAUUUAUUUAUGUAUUUUUAUUUUUAUUAAAUCACUGUGAGAUACACAGCUAUUAAGUUGUUAAUGAUUGGGUUUUGGUCAUACAAUGUUCAAACAUCUAUGUCCUCACCAGUGUACAUUUCCCACCACCAAUGCCCCAGUUUCCCUCCUUCCACCCCCCCCAUCCUCAGUCAGCCUUUAUGACAAGCACUUUUCUUCUCUAUUUUUCUCUCUCUCCCUCUAUUCUCCUCUCCCUCUCCCGCUCUUCCUCUCUUUCUCCCUCUCUACUUUUCUCUCAUCUCUCUUUUGUUCUCUCUCAUCUCUCUCUUUUGUGCUCUCUCUUUUGUUCUCUCACUCCCUCUCUUUCUCAUCUCUUUCUAUUUUUGCUCUCUCAUCUCUCUUUUGUUCUCUCUGUUUCUCUUUCCUUUUGGACAUUUUUGGGCAUUAUUGCAGUACAGGUACUGAAAGGUUAGCAUUAAAUCUUGUGCUUUUUUAAUCACCCAUUUACUUCUGCUAUUCUUUCUUCAUUUCUUUAUUUGGGAGUCUUCGGGAGCUACUCUCAGUUUAGUACUGAGAGGCUGGUCUUGCAGUGCUCCGGGAUCCAUGCCACGCAGGGUUUAUGCACGCAAAGCCUGUGCUGUGGUCAUUGAAGCUGUUUAAGUCAUCUCCUCGCUUCCCAUCCCUUCAAGGAAGAAAUACUUUCCAAAGAACCAUAUCAAAACAAUCUUAAUAAGAAUUGACAUAACCCCCAAAACAAGAUGAAGUGUUUUCAUCUGAGUAAAAAUUGAGAUGAUAAUAUCACAUAGCUGUUUCUUACCAAUAACUUCUUUAUGGAAUAUAAAAGAAAUGAAUUUUCAUUGGGAAUAUAAAAUAGCUCCAACCAAGAUUCUAGUCUUGAAUUUAUUAGAUCUAUAUUUCAAAAUAAUAGAUAGUAUAAAGUUCAUUAUAGUAAGUUUAACCCGUGUUCCAAAUCACUUUAGCAGUCUCGUUAGUACAUCAUCUGCGUAUCUUUUCCUGUGAACAUGUAAGUUUAACAUGCCAUUGACUGCCAUUCAGUCUUUCGGAGUCUGUAUCUAGAUUUGUUCUCUUACAACUACACUAAGUUGCCUUCCUAAUUCCUCACUUAAAAGUGGCACAGACUCCAGUGGCCAACUGGUACUCAACUAUAGCCUCACACUAGACUCUCCACAUAAGCUUUUAAAUAAUAAAGGGGCUCCAUCCUCUGAAACAUUUUUCAUCUGAGGGCCAUAUGACCACUGAGGGACCACAUCAAUGGGGGUUGGGGUUGCCAAGAUCUGAGACUAGGGGUCCCACCAGUAGGACAGAGUGGGGCACGGGAAAGAAACAGGUUGGAAGAGUUCAUGUGUGGAUGGAUAAAGGUUGGGAAACCUAACACCAAAACUGUUUUGAUUCACUCUUCUUAUUGAGGUGGGCACAUGUUCAUGUUCCAAGAUGGUGUUUAAGCAUCUGUUCCUGUGUGUGUUCUCUUCUUACCAUUGUCCUAACUCUGCUUAGACAUGCACAGCUCUAACCAUCACUUUUUUGCACUUUCCUACAAUCCCACUCAUGUGUCAGCCUUCAAUCAUUCUGUAACAUCUUCCUUCUAUCUCCCAGACAGUGAUUCUCUCAUCUCUGUUUCUAGUGUAGAAAUUACAGCAGUGCUCGGUAAUACUGAUUCUGACUAUUCCACAUGCCUGUGAGCUUCACUGCGGUAGAAAAUAACAUUUCUUGCUAAGCAAUUGAUCGACACUUUCCCUCUUUUCUGGUGUCUCCAUAUGUCUCUGUAAACAAUAAAAUUUAAUGGAUGAAAUUUUAUUUGCCUCCUUGGAAAAAUUCCACAAAUAUCGUUGUUUCUAUGUAUCAGUAGUCUGAAGUGUUUUGUACUAUUUAACUCAUGACACAAAUUUUCCUCAUUUCUGAUUUCAUGCAACAAAUACUUGUGGAGUACCUGUGAGGAAGAGUCUGGUAACAAUAAUAUCAGAAUUUAGACCUGAAGAGAGAUUCUAACUCGAGAGAUAUAUUUUAAUAAUAGAUGCAAACUACAGUACCCAGCAAAUAGCAGGUACUCAAAUAUUUGUUGAGUAUGCAAAUAAAAAUAUAAUUUUAUCUUGCUAGAUGCAAAAUAUUAUUAUUUAUAUAUUACUGUUGAGGCAAAUGAAGCAUGAAGAUAGUAACUUUAAAAUAAAUA